GUUCGAGUUGUUACUAUGGAUGCAGAGCUGGAGUUUGCCAUCCAGCCAAAUACUACAGGCAAACAGCUGUUUGACCAGGUGGUUAAAACCAUAGGUUUGAGAGAAGUAUGGUACUUUGGUCUUCAGUACGUGGACAACAAAGGAUUCCAGACUUGGCUGAAGCUUGAUAAAAAGGUUUCUGCUCAAGAAAUCAGAAAGGAGAAUCCCCUCCAGUUCAAAUUCCGUGCCAAGUUCUUCCCAGAGGAUGUGUCUGAAGAGCUGAUCCAGGACAUUACGCAGAAGCUCUUCUUCCUGCAGGUGAAGGAAGGGAUCCUCAGUGAUGAGAUCUACUGUCCUCCUGAAACAGCAGUGCUUCUUGGCUCCUAUGCUGUGCAAGCCAAGUUUGGAGACUACAACAAAGAUGUACACAAGCCUGGAUACCUCAAUUCAGAGCGUCUGAUCCCCCAAAGGGUGAUGGACCAGCAUAAACUCUCCAGAGAGCAGUGGGAAGAACGGAUCCAGGUGUGGCAUGCUGAACACAGUGGCAUGCUCAAAGAGAACGCUAUGCUGGAAUACCUGAAGAUUGCUCAAGACCUGGAGAUGUAUGGAAUCAACUAUUUUGAAAUCAAGAAUAAGAAAGGAACUGACCUCUGGCUGGGGGUUGAUGCCUUGGGGCUCAACAUCUAUGAAAAAGAUGAUAAACUGACUCCAAAGAUCGGGUUCCCCUGGAGCGAAAUCAGAAACAUCUCUUUUAAUGACAAGAAGUUUGUUAUAAAGCCUAUUGAUAAGAAAGCACCAGACUUUGUGUUUUAUGCCCCUCGCCUGCGAAUUAACAAGAGAAUCCUGCAGCUCUGCAUGGGCAACCAUGAACUGUAUAUGCGGCGCAGGAAGCCUGACACCAUUGAGGUACAACAGAUGAAAGCCCAGGCCCGGGAGGAGAAGCACCAGAAACAGCUGGAAAGGCAACAACUAGAAAAUGAAAAGAAGAAGAGGGAGACAAUUGAGAGGGAGAAGGAGCAAAUGUUGAGGGAGAAGGAGGAGCUGCUGGUGAGACUACAAGAGUAUGAGGUGAAGACUCAGAAAGCAGAGAAAGAGCUCUCAGAUCAGAUCCAAAGAGCCAUUCAGCUGGAGGAGGAAAGGAGACGAGCCCAGGAGGAAGCAGAACGCUUGGAAGCUGAUCGUUUGGCUGCUCUGCAGGCCAAGGAAGAGCUGGAGAGGCAAACUAAGGACCAGAUAAAGAGCCAGGAGCAGCUGGCUACAGAGCUUGCAGAAUAUACAGCCAAGAUUGCACUUCUUGAAGAGGCAAGGAGGCGUAAAGAGAGCGAGGUUGAAGAAUGGCAAAUCAGAGCCAAGGAAGCACAGGAGGAUCUGGUAAAGACAAAGGAGGAGCUACACCUGGUAAUGACUGCUCCACCCCCACCCCCACCACCUGUCUAUGAGCCAGUGAACUACCAUGUCCAUGAUAACUUGCAAGACGAGGGAACCGAGUACUCUGCCUACAGCGCAGAGUUCUCCAGUGAAGGGAUCAAGAACGACCGCAAUGAGGAGAAACGUAUCACUGAAGCAGAGAAGAACGAACGUGUGCAGCAGCAGCUGAGGGCACUGACAGAUGAGCUGGCCCAGGCUAGAGAUGAAAAUAAGAGGACCCACAAUGACAUUAUCCACUCGGAGAACAUGCGGCAGGGACGUGACAAGUACAAGACCCUGCGGCAGAUCCGGCAAGGCAACACCAAGCAGAGAAUUGAUGAGUUUGAGGCAAUGUAA